CUUUCAUCUGCAACAUAACAUUAACACAAAACACAAACAAAACAAUUUUCAUCUUCCCUCUCUCCGACCGCCGCCGCCGCCAGCGCUGUGUCCUUAGCGCUUCACCCCUCCUUCCACUUUCAUCUUCUCUCUUCUCUAGUGUUUCUUCUUAGGUUGUUGAGGAAAAUUGGUAGCAUUUCACCGCUGAAUGGGCUUGUAGUCAUCAUUUUCAGGUUAAUGAUCAUCUGGUGAAUUAAAUGUACAGCUGUAAUUAGAUAGCCUAUAGCUGCAACCUCCAAACGUUGAUGUUGAUUUCAUUUCUGAUUUCGAGGAAGUGGGAAAAAGAUGAACAAUAACGCAGAUGGAAGGAAAAUUGUAUGCAUUCCUGACAAGCCACCUAUCCCUCCUAAUCAACAGCCUACAGUGAAUGCAUUUGCUUCUUUGAUCGAGCCUAAGCUUGCAAAUGCUCUUAUAAGGAAUUUAAAUAAGAUAGCUCCACUUGAAAAUUUUCGCCAUGUAAAGCGGAUACAGAAGAGGAAUGUUGAAGCCACAGGGAAAUCUCAGCUGUCAGUUAUAUUAUGCUUAACUUCUGAGGAUGACAGUCAGUCAAAUAAUAUACCUCAAGAUGUACAAGAGCUGAUCAAUUCUUACCAGUUGAGUCCUUUUAUCACAAAAAUUUGCAAACAUGCUGCAACAUCUAGAGAAGAGUGGGAGGAACAAUGCAAGUUUUGGCCAACAUCAUUUCAUCCUCCUACCUACAAUAUUGAUGGCAUAACUGGAUUCAAUGAAGAGGACUCACAUUCAGUGUUCAAUUUCAUGAAAGUGGCUAUCGACUUGGCAAAAUCUGGUGAUGGUUUGGUAGUCAACGCUGCUGUUAUAGUGGAUCCGUCAGUCCAGCAGAUUAUUGCAAGUGGGUGCGAUCAAAUAUUCUCAAGGCAUGUUCCUACAAAGAAGUCGAGUAUUGAAAAUGGCCACUUCAUACAACCAACCUCCGUUACCUCUAGUUCCCAUUCCAAUAAAGUAGCAACUCAUAUAAGCAUGUUUCCAAACAAUGCAGAUGAUAGAUCCGAGAGAUUAGAACUUUUUGUUUCUUGUUUAAACCCUUGGCAGUGGUCUAGGCAACAAUUGGAUGUGACGAGUUCAUGUUAUUGUCACCCUUUAAGACAUGCUCCUAUUGUUGCAAUUGAAUCUUCUGCUGAGAGGGAUAGACUUAUGUUCCCUGGUGUGUUUCAUACUGAGGAGAAGUAUUUGAAUGCGGAACUUGAGCAGACCUCUAUUGCAGGUUUCCCGACGAAAAGACAAAAGACUAGUCUUGCCAAUGUUGAGAAUGGAAAGGAAUUUGAUUCUCAUACUGAGGACAGAUCAAUGAGACCCUAUCUGUGCACUGGUUAUGACAUCUAUACGGUUUGGGAGCCAUGUACCAUGUGUGCAAUGGCUAUGGUUCACCAACGAAUUAGGCGGAUAUUUUUUGCUUUCCCCAAUCCAAAAGCUGGUGCAUUAGGCAGCGUUUACAGAUUACAGGGGGAGAGAAGCUUGAAUCAUCAUUAUGCGGUUUUCAGAGUCGUUUUGCCUGAAAAUGCUCUUAAUAUGGUUGAAGCAGCAGAACAGAUUUGUGAUGCUGGCAGAACCGCGGCAUCUAAUUGUUAACAAGAGCUGCAUUUCAACGGAAUCACAUUUCUAAGUACAGAUAUGUAUCUUUGAAACUCUCGUUAGUGAGGUUAAAUUACAUGUCUGAAACCAUUGAUGAUUCUUUUUAUAUGAUUAUUUUUAAGUUA